UCAAGACAAACGCACAUCCUCUCUCUAUCAGAGCCAGACACCGUGAAAGGAAGAGAGAACGAGGAUCCUACUUCGUUCGACCCUCUCUCUCUCUCGUGUUGCCACAAAGUCUGAGAGUAUAUGCUAUCAGCAUCUCCUGUUAUCUGAUUUUAAAUAAAAAACAUAAAAAGGGAAUUGAAAUCUCCGCUUCGUCUCUGCUCCUCCUCCCCAAUCUCUCGCAGAGAUUCUGAGUCUCUCUGUCAAUAUCUACCUAUCCCUCACCAUUCCGCACAUCUCUGCAACUAGCGCAUGGCGCGCGCCACAUCCAUCCUACUUCACCCCUAUCAACAACCUUUCCUUUCCUCUCAACCCACCACUUCCCAAUCUCUUCUCCCAUUAAUCUCCUUCAGCACUCUUACCACCAACAAACGACUUCAUUUCAGACGACCUUUCAACACUUUUUAUUUGUCCUCCAAUUCUUCUUCUAUUUGUUGUUGUCAAAUAACGCGCGUAUCCACAGCUCCGGUCGAAUCCGCGCCUCUCCCAGAUUGUGAUUUCCAGGAUGAAAUUGCACGUCUGCAGAGUCUCCUCUCCAGACUUUCGAGUUCCAAGAACCUGAAAGAUAAGAUUCGGGUGCUUGACUGUGAUUCCAGAGUGAGACAACUCUUCUCUGCUCGGAAAAUUGGCUUUUCUAGGGUUGUAACUUCUCUUAAUCUCGAUAUCUAUGAUCUCUUUUUGCUCAAGUGUCUCGUUGCCGCCGGGCAAGAGCAUGUCCUCUACUCUGAGUUUGACUCCUUUGAUACUAAAUACGAGUUCCACAGAAGCUCGUUGAAGAGUGCAUUGUAUAUGUUAGUCGAGAUGAUUGAGAAUUUGGAUGCCAAUAAUGUUGGUAAGGUGAUUAAGAAGAAGGACGCUAAAGAUGGGAAGAACAGGGUCCUUGCGCCACUGAAAAAGCUCUUACGGACUUUGCGAGAGAUAGAACAGUUCUAUGACUGCAUUGGGGGAAUUAUUGGAUAUCAGGUAAUGGUGUUAGAGCUUAUUUCCCCAUCAACAUCUGAAAGGCAUACAUUGAAUUGGUCUCACCACUUGGAUGAGACAAUGAAAUGCCAAUUUCUUGAAAUUCAUGUUCCUAAGGGACUCGAUCUUGCUCAAAAUACAGAAUAUGCAUCUCAAGCAGCUUUGUGGGGAAUUGAGGGUUUGCCAGAAAUGGGUGAAAUUUAUCCUUUGGGAGGCUCUGGGGAUAGGCUUGGUUUAGUUGAUCCUCAUACUGGAGAAUGUCUUCCUGCAGCCAUGCUUCCUUAUUGUGGACGAACCUUAUUGGAAGGUCUUAUUAGGGAUCUUCAGGCUAGAGAGUUCCUCUAUUUCAAAAUCUAUGGGAAGCAAUGCAUAACCCCUGUUGCAAUCAUGACAAGUUCAGCAAAGAACAACCAUGAGCUUGUCACUUCACUAUGUGAAAGGCUGAAGUGGUUUGGAAGAGGUCAAUCAAGUUUUCAACUUUUUGAGCAGCCUCUCGUUCCCACUGUUGGUGCAGAGGAUGGCCAGUGGUUGAUUACUGGACCAUAUACUCCAGUAUGCAAACCUGGAGGCCAUGGCGUGAUAUGGAAACUUGCACACAGCAAAGGAGUUUUCAAAUGGUUUUAUGGACAUGGAAGAAAAGGUGCAACUGUUCGACAAGUCAGUAAUGUUGUAGCUGCUACAGAUGUGACUCUUUUAGCAUUGGCAGGGCUAGGUCUCCGCCAUAGAAAGAAAUUAGGAUUUGCUUCUUGUACGCGGAAAUCGGGAGCUACAGAAGGCAUUAAUGUUCUCAUUGAGAAGAAGAAUCUGGAUGGGAAAUGGGCAUAUGGUUUAUCAUGUAUUGAAUAUACUGAGUUUGAUAAGUUUGGCAUCACAGAUGGUCCAUUUUAUCCUCAUAGUUUGCAGGAAGAGUUUCCCGCCAAUACAAAUAUUCUUUAUGUUGAUCUAGCUUCUGCGGAAAAGGUUGGAUCCAGUGGAAAUGCAGACUCUCUACCAGGAAUUGUGCUAAAUCUGAAAAAGCCUAUUACAUAUGUGGAUCAUCUAGGAAUCCAGCAUAGUGUUUCUGGUGGAAGAUUGGAAUGCACAAUGCAAAAUAUUGCAGAUAACUUUUUAAACACAUAUUCAUCUCGGUGUUAUAAAGAUGUAGAGGAUGCAUUGGACACCUUUAUUGUGUAUAAUGAACGAAAAAGGGUUACUUCAUCUGCUAAGAAGAAAAAAAGAAAUACAGACAAGUCCUUGCGCCAGACCCCAGAUGGCUCACUGUUGGAUAUUAUACGCAAUGCAGCUGAUCUUCUUUCCCACUGUGACAUAGAAGUGCCUGAGAUCAAAGAUAAUGAUAAAUAUUUCCAUUCUGGACCACCAUUUCUCAUUCUUCUCCAUCCUGCAUUGGGUCCACUUUGGGAGGUCACCAGACAAAAGUUUUAUAGAGGUUCCAUUUCUGAUGGAUCUGAGUUACAAGUCGAGGUUGCUGAAUUCUUGUGGAGAGAUGUUCAGCUGGAUGGAAGCUUAAUUGUUGUUGCUGAAAACAUUAUGGGCUCAACUAGGAUAGAUGAAGCUGGUGAACCCAUACUAAUUUAUGGGCACAGGUGUGGAAGAUGCAAAUUACAGAAUGUCAAAGUAUUAAAUAGGGGAAUUGACUGGAGCUCCAGUGAGAAUAUUUACUGGAAGCUUGAUGUUCAGCGCUUUGAAGCAUUAAAGGUCAUACUGCAUGGAAAUGCUGAAUUUGAGGCCAAAGAUGUAGUUCUACAGGGAAAUCAUGUAUUUGAAGUUCCAAAUGGAUACAAAAUGCAAAUUACAGCAGGAAAUUCAGGCUUCUCAGUUAGGUUAGACCCUAUAGAGAAGGGUAUGAUGGAUUGCGGAAGCUGGUUCUGGAAGUACAAGUUAAGAGGCACGCAUAUUCAGUUGGAAAUGAUAGAGCUGUAAAGUACUUACUCGGCCUUUUCAUCUCACCUUUGUGAAUCGUGGUUCACAGACUGACUGAAAGUCGGCUUCACAUAUUUGGCUCAUUCCACUUUGAUUGGUUAAACACAAGUUAAACCUUUCGUACUGUAUUUUUUGUAUGUAAUAAGAUGCCGAGUCAUGUACUUGAACACAUCAUGUGUUGCUCAUGUAAUAUAAAUGUAAAAAGAAAAGAAAAAAAAAGAAAGAAAAAAAACUGGAUUACUUCUGAUACAAGUAUAUAUUGUCUUUCUCUUUGAAGGGCUUCCAAUUUGACAUUUACCCUUUUCAGUUCUUUUCUUUUU